AUGGCGAAAGCCAUUUCGAAGGUCGGCGAUCUACGUGCAAAGAUUCACCAAGUCAAUCAACCACUCGACGAUUGGAAAGCAAAAAAGCAAAACUCGAAGGUCUGGAGGAUGCUGCACAUUAGCGACCCCGCCACAACUACGAAGAAGGUCUCCGAAGUCGAUAGUCGAGAGCUGCAGGCUCAGGAGGCGUUCAAGCUUGCUAAGGACGCUGUCCAAUGCACAGACCUGUCCGUUGACGAGCUCAAUGCUGAAAUCGAGACUAACGAUGGUCGGAGAGCAUUCGAAGCUGCCGUGAAGGAACAUCAGCCUUCGCGAAAGGAAGCUUUCGACUACCUGGUCGCAAGCGAUCGAUACGCCAGUCCAGGCGAAAAGCAUACCCUAAGCUCCAACACCACACCGUCCUUUCGCCUCAGAGAGUACAAUUUAGCCACCCCUCUCGAGGAUAUCCGUUCGAUUAUGGAUGACUAA